AUGCUGGUUACCGAUUUGGAAGCCAACCGUGACCUUUGCGAGACGGACUCAAUUCUUUUUGGCGCCGCACUGGCAGUCUGCCGUAUUACAGGUGCCAAACUUUCCACGGCUGGAUGCGCUACUGGACAAAGUAGUGCUAUCACAGCCUGGAGAAUAAGAAUUGAAGAACGUAUCGCAAAGGCUAGGGCCCUCAUCGGCAGACUUAUAUGCUUCAGGUCAGGCAAUACCAGGCCAAGGAUUGUGCGCACUGUCAGGAUGGCGAUUGCUGGGACAAAUGUUAGUUUGUCCCAGCCGGAUAUAACGCAAAAACUAACGGAGCGUAUAGACGACCUGAAGCACAUAAUAGCUGCUUGA